CCCACAUUUUGUCCAAAUUAUCAGUGGACCGGUAACAAACUCGUAACCAUCGCGACUGCGCGCCGAGGGCCUGGUGGGCUGACAUGUCACGACAGAUGAUCGGAACCAGAGGCAACUUGACUUCGUCGAUGGGAACUACCGCUGCCCAAGGGGUUGCCUUAGGAACGGCGGUUAAUAUUUCAGAGCGCCCUGUGACACAGCAGGGCAUGCGAGGCAUGAAGACUACCCACGGACCUGCACGAAAAGUUCAAGAUUCUUCUUAUUAUGUUGGUGUUCUCCGGAAUAAGGUCAAUGUUCACCCGCCGUACUUACCCGGAACACAUCUUUAGGUGACUGAGUUGACUACCGAAAUCUACAGUCUACAAACAGAACAUAAGCAACAUGAGCGAUCAGUGAAUGAGCAUGGCGGGCUCCAAAAGCACCAUGAUAGUCUCUUGAAUCGAGUGCGCAUUCUAGAGGGUACAUUGGCCGAUUACAAUCUAGCACUGGACAAAGCCCGUGUUAGUACGCACUAGCGUUCGACCAAAUAAAAUAUAAACGCAGAACCUUCCUAUUGAUAGGCACCGACCCAGUGGAACUGGACGAAUAUAUAUCAGGAUUCCGAGCUAAAAACAAGCAAUUUGCCAACGAAGUUGAUCGCAUAUUUGUGAUUAAAAAACAAAAAGACGAAGAGACUAAGAAGCUGGAUACACAGAUUCAGGAAGUGCAUGAGCUCAUUCGCUGCAAGAUAGCAGAUCUUGAUACAGACAAACUGGCUCUAUACAGCCAACUUUUGGGAUUUUCAUUGGAGCUUUCUAAAAAGCAAGAUGUGGCUCUCGCAGAUGUUGAUAGUCUCAUUUCCCAAGUGGACAACGAUAGCGGUGAUCAACGACAGCAUUUCUCUGAUGAUUACGCACAACUUUUGAAACGCCACACGUGGCUACAAAAAGAAGAAGGGAGUCUUGCUGAGGAGGUCGCCAUCUGGGAGUUGUCAGAUCCCUCUGAAGCGCUUCUCAACCUCAAGCACCGUGUUGAGGCGCAAUCGAAACAGAUAAGGAGGUGUGAGGAAUCUACAAGAAGACUCCGGGAGCAAAUUGAAGCUGCGCAAACGCAACUGGCUGAGUUUCACGACGAGAUGAAGGAACGUAAGGUCGAGGCAAGUAGUGACAGCGAAAAAUAUGAGAAGUUAAGGCAACGUGAGACUGAAAUGAGCCAGUUUAUAUCGCAAUUUGAGGCUACACGUGAGUUAGUAGCUCAGGAUCAAGUGCAAGCCCAGGAUACGAUUGCAACGCUGUUGGAACAUAUAUCGCAAGGACUUGAGCAGCGGAGCUCGAUGCCGUCGCAGCAACGGCUACGAGAGAUGCGCGACGAAGCAAGCUUCAAGGAACGUCAACUGGAGUCUAGCCAACAUACAACGUUGAGACUCACCCAAGAACGCAAGCAACGCGAAGCAGAGAUGGCUAAGAUUGAAACAUUAGAGGAAAAAAUCCAAAUCGAACUUAGUUCACUACAGCAGAAGAUGAAAAUGAUGCAAAGCGAUAUGAUUGAGUUUGAUGACGUAAAUGGUCUUCGUAAACGCGCGUCAACCACAAUGACUGCUCUAUCGAGGCUAAUAAAAGAGUACCAAGGUCGUCGUGAAUCAGUUAAGUGCCAGGUGACACAACUGACAUCCAAGUAUGAAGCAUUAAAAGGGAAAAUUCAGUCUUCAGAAGCGGCAAGAUCACUAUCUACGCUAGAAGCAAAACUACGCACAUAUGGUCAGACUAUAUUUCACCUUCGAGAAUACGCUGAAACGAAAACUCGCGAGACAGACUACACGCUACUUAAAGAUUCCUGUAUGGCUACUGUCGAAAAGCUAAAUACUCACGCUAAGACAGCAGUCAACAUGGGUCAUCUUUGAUUCAAGGUAAACGCCAUACAUUGCAAUGCCACAUGCAGCGUAAUCUUUGGAGUCUUAAUCAUUAAAUAAUGGCAUGCGCGGGAAAGCGUAGCUUUGUGUUACUACAAAAGACAGCAAGGAUACCAAAAAAUACUAAAUAGAUUGUGCGUUUGUGCAUCACGCAGAGGCAAGUGCGGCUCGGGUGCCUAUGCCUAAAGAAAUAUUGUACCCUAAGCGCCCUCGCGUUGUGCUGCUUGAGGAAUCACAAUACGGAGGCCCAGGGGUUGAAAUGCCGAACAAUUCCCCUUCUGAAGUUAGAAGACGGCCUUCAAAUUCCAAAGGCCUAGCUGGCUGCGAUUAGUACGCGGGUGGAAGCAAACGAAGAAUCAAGCAUAGCGUUCCUCGAGUCAAAGCUUGAACGACAAAACUCGCCACAACUGAGCUUGGGGGGUGGCUCACACCACGCCGGGGCAUCCGUGCUAGGCUGACAAUCGCCCGUAGUAGUAUAUGAAGUAGAGCCCAUUUUGCAUCAAAACGGACGCUCACGGGAAAAGCCGUUCGCUAACCGUUUGGAUGCAAAAUGAGCUCUACUUCAAUUAUAUUACGACCGAAAUCCAUGGUUCUGGGUGGCCGAUUUUGGGGGUCUAAUGAAGGGGCCGGACCCCACCUUGGGGAUUCC